CCGCGGGUCACGUGGCGGCGGCGGUGCGAGCGCGGGGGGAACAUGGCGGCGCCGCAGCGGCUGCUGGCGGCGGGGUUGUUUCGCGGGCGGGUGGCCAUCGUCACCGGCGGCGGCACCGGCAUCGGCAAGGCCAUCGCCGCCGACCUGCUGUCCCUCGGUUGCAGUGUUAUUAUUGCCUCACGUAAAUUUGAUCAAUUAAAAGCCACAGCAGAAGAACUGAAUAAUAAAUUUCCUUCCAUGAGUCCUGCCAAAGUGACUCCUAUACAGUGCAACAUCCGCAAAGAAGAGGAGGUACAAGCUUUGGUGAAGUCUACACUGAAUCUGUGUGGGAAGAUUGACUUCCUGGUGAACAAUGGAGGGGGGCAGUUCAUGAGUCCUGCUGAAGCCAUCCGUGCAAAAGGCUGGAAUGCUGUGAUAGACACUAAUCUGACAGGAACCUUCUAUUGCUGCAAAGCAGUGUACAAUGCCUGGAUGCAGGAACAUGGAGGAGUCAUUGUCAACAUUACUGCUGCCGUGAGAAAUGGGUUUCCUGGAAUGUCGCAUACAGGAGCUGCAAGAGCUGCAGUGAAUAACCUCACGAAGACUUUAGCUUUAGAAUGGGCCCACAGCGGAGUAAGAAUCAACAGUGUUGCUCCUGGAUUAGUAUUUUCAGAAACUGCUGUUGCAAACUAUGGAGAGCAAGGUACAAUAAUGUGGUUAAAGAACAUCCCAAAGGUUCCUGCCAAGAGGUCAGCAGUUCCCGAGGAGAUCUCUCCUGCAGUGUGUUUCCUGCUAUCUCCAGCUGCUUCUUACAUAACUGGGAUAACCAUGGUCGUGGAUGGUGGCCAAAGUUUAUAUAGCAGGAACCUAGAAAUACCAGAUCACAACAGAUGGUCCCCACCACCAGAAGGAAGAAAUUCUGACAUGCUUAAAAAACUUCUUUCUGGCGAGUUCAAGCCAAAGCUGUAACAGAAUGAGACUUCACCCUAUCCCAAGUCGGACAUUUGCUGAUUUUCUUGCUUUGUGGCUUGUGUUUAUAAUUCUCAGUAAUCUGAAUUUUUUGGUCAUCCAUAACCACACUGAGUGCCUUGAUUUUCAUUGAUUAAUGUGUAAAAAAUAAAAGGCUAUACACAAUAAAUUUUCUUCUCUGAAAACACUCACUCUGUCUUGGAAAGAAGGUGUGAUAGAUUCAACAAUUUAACAUGCAAAGUCUUGAAGCACAAUCUGUGGCGUAGCAUGCAUCAAAUAGAGCUUAGUAUUUAAAUCCUAGUUUCCUGUUUUGUCACGUUAACCCAUAAUCAUUUUGUAUGGAAGUUUAAAGCAUGCUAUAUAAAGCUGAGUUGCAAGUUUCUUUAUUAAAAAAAAAAGACAGUAAUUCAAGUUCAUGGUUGUGUGGUUUAUCUCGUAACAUCAUACAGCUCAAAAUAUAUAUAUAUAUUGCCUUGUUUUGUGCAGUAUUCUAUCUUGUUGAGGGAGAAACUCAGAAUCCUUCAUUCGCCAGUUAAAACACUUCCUAUCCAUAUAGUUUUCUAUUGACAUGCUGUUUUCUUAUGAUUUGAACAUGCUUUUGUAUAUCAGUAUCCCUAAAAAAGGCAUGAUCUUUGUGAUCAAUGGAGAGUUUCCAUUUGAAAAUCAGAAACAUUUUAAUAUAUCACUUGAAGAUGCUGUAUUUGCUGUAUUACUCACUUUAAGGCAAAUGUUCCCAGAUGUUUGAUACUUUUGAUCAAAAUUUAAAAAAUAGGUUAUGAUUUUUUGCUUGCUGUAACAAAUGAAAUUUGUGGACUCAAGUUGCUCUUACAGAAGCAAGCUCUGAUGCUUAAAUUUGGAAUGAAUGUAAGUCUUUGCCAGCUAUUUGUUCUCUUUAAAGAUGUUUGACUUUUGUUUAAUUAAAAUGUUAGAAUUUA